AUGAGAGUAUGGAACAUAAUACUUUUCAUCUGUUUUCAUCAAGUCUUAAUUGAAAUAUUAUACUGCCAUUUUGAAAUCGCAGUUUUGAAGCAUAGAUAUACUUCAAAUUUACUGGAUGUUAUCAAAGUAUUGCAAGGAAAAAAUAUGAUUUUAUUCUUCCAGCUGUUUAUUAUUCAAUCAUUUCACAACAAUUACCAAGAAAGAAAUUGUCUGAAGUUACAACUUCGAAUUCCCGAAAAAUAA